AUGACUGAUAACAUUAUAACUCAAGUUUCACAGGAUGAUUUCAACAACAUCCCUCAACAUUAUGAAGAUAGUCAAGGUAUUGAUUAUAAUUCCAAAAUACAUUUGAACAUUAGAGGAUAUAACUUCACUAUAACGAGAGAUGAAUUAAUGAGUUUACCUGAAAGUAUAUUAUUAUGUUUAUUUCCCAAUGGUGUAUUUUUGGAUGCUGAUGGGCAAGUUAUCAGUAACUUAACUGAAGAAGAUACAGUUUAUGUUAGUUUUGACCCUCAAUGUUUCAAAUAUAUUAUUGAUGUAUUUCAUGAAGCUCAUUCAGAUUUAGAAAGAGCUUCCAAUUUAUCACCCCAAGCAAGUGUUAAUAAAAAUUUUCAAAAUGAUGCUUUACAUGUAUUAAAUACAAAACCUUCCAUAAUAGUUUUAAGAGAAGAUUUGGAUUUUUAUGUUGUUCCUCCAAUUCCUGGAUUGAAUGAAGAUAAUAUGAGAUAUUUAAAAAUACAAGUUGCCCAACAUUUAUUAAAAAAUAAUUAUGUUUUUAGUGGAUUAGGUUAUGAUAUAAAUGAUCCUUCAAGUGAACAACAUUUAGGUCCAGCAGAAAAACAUUUAUUCGAUAUGUUAUGUUCUUCUGGAUUUCAUCCUUUGAGUGAUUGGGGUAAUAGAUCAAUUGAACCUUCAAAAUGCAUGUUAUUAUCUUUACUGUUGGUGAGGUUGAAGAAUAAAGAAGAUGAAACUCCACCUCCUGAUUCACCAAAUUUAGCUCCAGUACAAUCAAAUGCUAGUGCAAGAUCAAGAUCAAGAAUUGCUUCAUUAGCUUCAAGUGCUUCAAGAGCAGCUUCCAGAUCUUUAUCUAGAAAAAGGGCUGAAAGUAAUACCAACAAUAAAUUACUUCUCUUUUGGAGAAAACCUGCUAGAAAAUGUUGGUGGACAUACGAUACAAUUGAAGUUGAUAUAAAAGAUGAUGAAUUAUUUAAAAAUCACCCCGAAAAUAAAAUGAAAGUUAAAGUUCAUAUGAGAAGAGUUUGGACUUUAGAAUUAUCUGUUGUAGGAGUACAGUAG